AUGUGUAGAUAUAUAUCUCCACCUGUCUCUGCCUCUCUUUGUCUUUCCGUCUGUCUCACUCGUCGGUCGUUCAGGAUGGAGGUGGCAGCUCUCUCUCUCUCGCUCUCUUUAUUUCUCUAUUUCCCUGUGAGUUCUUUGGAUUCCUCUGAUGCACGAGUGUCGGUGUCUCCGGACAAAUCCCAGUUUUUUAAAUACGACAGUUUCUCUGUGAGCUGUGAGCACGACGAAGACGAGUGGACGGUGAUGAAGAGGACGCACGAUGGAGAAGUGUGCCCCUGUCCCUCCCCCUGCUUCAUCACUGCAGCUUUUCCCGCCACAGACAGCGGCGUGUACUGGUGCCAACGUGACGUCAGGAGCAGCCGCGUCAACGUCACCAUCACCGUCACCGCUGGACCUGUGAUUCUGGAGAGUCCAGUACUUCCUGUGACGGAGGGAGAGGACGUGACGUUGUCCUGCAGAAGCUCAGCUGUGACGUCUGAAGCUCGUUUCUAUAAAGACGACGUCCACGUCACCAGCAGCUGCACAAGAAACUUCAGCAUCCGCCACGUGUCCGCGUCUCAUCAAGGUCAAUACAAGUGCAGCGUGUCUGGAUCAGAGUCGGCCUCCAGCUGGCUCACUGUCACAGCGCCACCUGCAGGCCGGCAUCCUCCAGCCCCCCCGCUGUCUGUGCCCCCCCUCCUGAUGGUGGGAACCCUUUAUCUGCUGUGCACCGUUUUACUGGGACUGGUUUACAGGGACAGGAAGAGAGGAGAGCGACGCCUCAAACCAUCAGACGUUACAGUGCAGCGAGCCAAUGAGAGAGGAGCACCAGCUGAUGAUGUCAUCGUAUGACACUGACGUUACCACAGAAACACCUUCAACAUGCGUGUUCCUCUCUGAUGGCAUUUUAUUCUCUUAAUGUUUCUCAUGUUAUAAACAAAUAUUUUCAUUUGACCAUUAGCUUAA